CGGACCUAAAUUUUCAAAUUGUAUACAAAUUCCACACGUAUUCCUUUUCGAAAAUUAAAAUGAAACUUCUAAAGUCCGUUACCCUUUUUCCUCGAUGUGUCUUCCCGUUGCAAAAAUGUUAUUCGACCGAUUUAAUCAGUUUGGUGGGAAUUCCCAGGGUUAAGAUAACAAAAGGUGAAAAUCGUUAUUUGUUGGCCCUGAUUCAUACUCACGGCUUUACGAAUUUUGGAAGAGUUAUCGUUCGGGGAGCUGAUGUUGACAACCAUUUGGCCGUUUUCGACGCAUUAUUGGACGAAAUGGAGCCACAGGGAAUAUGUGCGAAAUGCCUUGGAGGUGGAAGGAUUCUCAAUGAAGAGGACAAGAAGCAAAUAGAAAUUUAUGGCACCUCUAGAACUUUCGGAGGUGCUGAUCACAAGAGGACGAGGAAUAUACUUCAGGCGUGGACGACAUACAAGGAUUUCAAUAUCAAAGUUAGGCAUUAAAGAUUUAGUUUUUGUUGGCAAAAAUACAGAUUAAACAUUAAUAAUAAA